AGCCUCGGAUAAAUGGCGAGCGGAAGGACAAACUGUAAACAAAUACAACAGAACUGGACGUUUUUAGACGAAUUGUGACUCUUAAGGAAGAAUAAACUCAACGUUACUAAUACUGUGCACAAAUACAACGGAUUUUUUUCGACAUGCGACAGUCAGCGAGGACCUGAACUAGCAUCAUUCAGCGUUAGAUAGCUGGCUAGGCCUGCUGACAUUUGCGCAGACUUGGAAACUGGCAGUGCUGUAAUGCGAGAGCGGGCUAAGGAUAGAGUCCCGCAAGUGAAAUAAUUGUGCGUUAGAAAAUAAUCAUAUACGUCUGAUAAAGUUACAACUAGUCAGUAUCAUGAGUACGAACUCGGACAGCAGCCAGCCGUCCGAAACUAACACGAGGAAAAGAAGUGCAAGUCCGAGCGGAGAGUGUGAGUCCACGCAGCUCAAACAGGCGAAAGUAAGUGACGAGGAACAGAAAAAUGAGCCUCAAGAGGACGCAGAGCCCGAGAAAGUUGGGAAUGGUGAACCAAAAGAUGGAGCUGAGCCCUCUAAAGGAGCCGAGGAGAAAGAAGCGAAGAUUGAGGACGAAGUAGGCGCUCAGGAGAGCGCUGGACAGGCUAAUGUGAGUGGAGGCGAGAGCGCGCGCCAGCCAUCAGAUUCCGCUGCCAUCGCCGCUGCAGAAGCGCUCGCCAGUUUGACCGGCGGAGACGCGGACGAUGACUGUAAAGAAAUGCCCUGCUCGUCUAAAAAAGCGAGCAGAGAGAAAUCGAGGGAUAGAUCUAAUCGUCCCGGUUGCUCUCAGAGCGAUAGGAGGACGGAGGCUGCCGCUGCAGACAGCUCUUCAUCCCUACUGCUCUGCGAGGACCAAGAAGAUCCAUCAUUUGUGGAUGAUGAUGAUGAGGAGGAGGAAGAUGAGGAUGAAGAUUCUCUGCCCGGCUCUUCCUCCACUGCAAGUUCGUCUGUCGCUUCUGAUAAUGAGGAUAACGAGGAUGGCGAGUGUGCCAUAGUGUCCGUGAAGAUGGCCCCGGAGGUGCGGCAGUCGGUGGCUCUGCUCGCACAGGUACAGAUGCGGCUGGACGCGCUGGAGAAGAAAGGCGCGCGUCUGCAUCAGCGCCUGGAGAUGAAGCUUAGCCGUCAGAGACGCCCUCACCUGGACCAGCGCAGCGCCAUCACACAGGCUGUCCCAGGCUUCUGGGUCACCGCUCUUCUGAAUCAUCCACAUUUGUCGGCACAUAUCGAUGAGACUGAUGAAGACGCUCUGAGCUACAUGACUAACUUAGAGAUUGAGUCUUUCAAGAACAACAAACUUGGAUACCGCAUCUGCUUCCAUUUCCGGCGAAAUCCUUUCUUUCAAAACAAAAUGAUUGUGAAAGAGCUUCAUCUCGGUAUGGGAGGGUCUCCAGUGUCCUUCUCAAACCCAAUUUUGUGGCACAGAGGGCAGAAUCUGGUUGGGAGUGGAGAGCCACGUCGAACAUCGCAGGGAGUUUAUCAGAGCUUCUUCCAUUGGUUCAGUGACCACAGCAACCCAGGACGGGAUGACAUAGCACAGAUCUUGAGGGAAGACCUGUAUAGAAACCCUUUGAGGUAUUAUUUAACUCCACUUUGGGAGCCACGAGAGAAUGGCAGCAGUGCUCCUAAACCUCAGGGCAGCAGUAAUAGAGAUGAGUGUGUGAUCAUCUCAGAUUCAGAUGAAGACGAAGAGCAGAAUAGCCAAAGCCUGGGACAGGAGGAUGAUGAAGAUGAUGACCAAGGUGGAGGUUCAGAGGAGAAUGAAAGAGAUGAGGGGGAAUCCUCCUUUGAAGAGAGAGAUGAAGAGGAAGUGGAUGUUGAGGAAGUAGAAGUGUCACAUGACUCUGGUGGCUGCGAGGCCAGAGAGCAAGAAGAGGAAGAUAUCGAUGUGGAUGAAGAGAAGAGUUAGGACGUGGUUGUCUCCCAUUUUAUGCAGAAUAGCAUCAUUAGAGUUUUCUAUGAUCUAUUUUACAGUUUUCUGGAUAACUAAGACUCUGUGUGGUUAAGGAUCAGGGUUUAACUAAUGUCUUCAUUAUAGAUGGUACUUAAAAAUCACCAUGAAUAUUUGAAGCGUGCACUCCUCUAAAAAACAUGUAGUUUCCUUAAGGUUUCAUCACAUUUUACACUUUAAUAAAUUUCACUGAGAGGGCUACUGAUACCCAAAACAUCCCUUUUUAUCUCUGAACUGACUGUUUAAAGUUUGCGAUUAGUUUUUCUUUUGCUAGUUUAUUCUUUUCUUUUCAUUCAUGAAAUAAAGUAGCAUUGUCUGUCACUUACAAGUGUAUUCUCACCAUAGGAAUUAAUAUAAUCAUGACCAGCUGAAAAAAAAACGCCAUAUAUUUUGAUGUUCAUUUUUGUUAACUGUGUGUCCCUUUUUUAUUCUUGUCUACAGAACUCUAACAUCAUGAAGCAACGUGUUUCCUUGCCUUCUUAUUGUUCUUAAACUCUACAACCGCAUUUUAGUAAUAACGAACACAGGCAGACGUUCUGAAAUGCACUUCAUUCUGAACCAAAACUAGGCAACUCAGGGAUGUUUACUCUUACAGCUGUGUUUCCCUUCAAAAGUUUCAUUCAUUCGAUUUUUGUCUUUAAUACAUAACACCACAGGAAUGUUUGUGCGCUGAUGGACUUUUAAAUAACUUUGUUUAUUUCAUCGUGUUUACAUAAGCAGCUAUUAUCCUGACACUUCAUACCUCUUGCUAUGAUGUUUGGUGUCAUACAAUUUCUGAAACUACUUUUGUCAUUUAAGUUGGAUAUCUACACACUGUCAACACAUGCACGCUAGCGUUUAUUCACUGCAAAGUGCAGCUGUAAUCUUAUUUAAAUGAGCAAAAUAGUGGCAAGGCCAUUUUGUUGUUGUUUCUCAUGAUGUGUGCACCUGUUUUUAAUUAAAUGCAUGGAUAAUAUUGUAAAAAUAGUGACCGUAAACAUUUGUUUCAUUGACUUUUCUAUUCAUAUCAUUUAUUUCUGAUAGUCGUUUCUCUACUCCCUUGCAAUAAUAUAUUUUCCUUAACUUUGGUCAGUCAGUCAUUAUAGAGGGAAAUCAUUAUAAAUGUUUAUUGUUGGAGUUCAUAUUAAGGAAACCGUUUUAAAGACAUAUUUUGUUUACGUUGGUUUGGAGUUUCGACCUGUAAAAAUCUGGUUUAAAAAAUGAAAUGCUGUUAACUCAUUGUAAGUAUGUUGGGUUGUACUUCUUCCGCAAGGCCAGUGGUAUGUAAAUAAUCUGUUCCCUUAAAAAGGGUUUAUAAUUUGUUAUUGAACUAUUAGAGUGAAAUUGACCUACAAUAUCAAAGAAAAGCUAUAUUUUGUGUGCUAAAUUUUAUAGCGAACUACAAUUUUUAAAUAUGUGUUUGGUUUUUUGUUUGGUUUUCCAUGUCAAAUAAAGGUUUGUCUUUUCAUUCAGAA